UUAUCUGAUAGUAUGUCACAAAAUCACUGGUUACCAGUUCGCUCAUACUCAAAAUUGCUGGUCUGACUGGGUGGACAGUCGCGCCAAUGAUAGCAGCUGCUGAGCUGCAGCACAUCCAGCUGCAAAACACCUCUAAGUGUCUCUUUUCUGAAAGUGCUGAGUAAUGAAGGUCAGCAUGUGGACCACCUGUUGCGGAUCAGUAGUGGACUUGAGGAAAUUACACCCACUGGAUGAUGAGAGGUCUUGUGCCGCUUCAUCACAGAAGAGGGGUCCAAUCAGUAGAAAGCUGCAGAGGAGAAGUGGGUAUAUAGAUUCAGUGGAGGUGGCGACUUUUACGUUGCUUCUGCACUGGAAGACGACAAAUUCAGACUCAAACAUGCAAUCUCUGAUCCUUCUUCUGGGCGUCUUGUUCGGCUUUCCAGCCCAGGUGGAUAUGCUACCCGUUAAGAAUUCCACUGAUGUUCUGGAGGGCAAGCCAAGACCAAAGAGGAAGUACUCUGAUGAAAUUCCAGACUUUGAUGACAUGACUGCAAUGGAUCAAAUCCUUGUAGUCAACAGCAGACUGCGAGUGCCCAGAGGACUGUCCUUCAGGGAGGGAGAUAUUGCCUACUCUUAUGCACGGAGUGCCAUAAACUGCCCUGACAACACCUGUCUGUGGCCUAAAUCCAUUGAUGGAUUUGUUUAUGUGCCCUACAUCCUCUCGCCCUUAUAUGAUGACAUGGACAGAAUCACCAUAGAAACCGGGAUGCAGGACAUUUCUGCCGGAUCAUGCGUUAAAUUUGUUCCUCGCACUCAUGAGGCUAACUUCCUUGACGUCCAGCCUCGAUAUGGAUGCUGGUCGUUUCUGGGACAGACUGGAGGAAGUCAGGUCUUGUCACUGCAGAGUCCUGGGUGCAUGUGGGCAGGGAUCGCUGCUCAUGAGUUCAUGCACGCGCUCGGAUUUGUACACGAGCAGUCCCGCUCAGACAGAGACCACUACGUCACAAUUGUAUGGAAAAACAUCAUGCCAGAACAUAUCCAUAACUUCAGAAAACAGGCAACGAACAAUCUCAACAGCCCAUACGACUACAGCUCUGUCAUGCAUUAUGGACGAUACGCCUUCUCUGAAGACGGUGGACCAACAAUCAUUCCCAGACCAGAUCCUUACAUUCCAAUUGGCCAGCGAGACGGACCAAGUGCUCUGGAUCUUCAUAAAAUUAACACCCUGUAUGACUGUGGUCCUAAUGAGUAACUAAAUCUCUGUGGAAAUCUCUGCUCUAAAGUCCUGCCGAAUGUGGAAAAUAGUUUAUUAUCAUUCAGGCUAAUUCAUUUUUAAUAGGCAGAAUUUUUUUUUGUGUGUGUUUGUGUUUUUAGUUUGUGUCGGCUUUUAGAUUGUGUCCACUCAUCUUUGGGUACAAAUCCAUUGAUUGCCAUCAAACUAUUGGAUAUAUCAACUAAAAUAUGAAUUCUAUGAAUAUUCAGCCUCCCCUGUGACAAAGCUUUGUAGAUAAUAAUUUUGUACAAUCGUCUGCUCUUUUUGCUUUUGCUUUUUGAUUCCUAAUAAAUAAAAUGCAACAGAAAAAAGUUGUGGUCACUUUUACAUAUGAAUCAUCUGUGUUUUUCAGCAAUAAAUGAACAAAUCAAUUAAAUUCUAUUAUGCUGUAUUAUUUUUCGCACAAGAUCUUAAGAAAAUCUUGUACUUUCCCGUUGACAUGCCAAAUCAUCACACAUGCAUGUGAACAAAAUGUAUAU